GAAAAGAAAAUAUGAGGAAAAAGCACUUCAACAUGAUUCUGAAACUUGCUCUUAUUUCAUCUCUUCUUGCUCUUGCUGCAUCAAGAACUCACUUGACCGAUUGUCUUGAUGACCACAAGUACUGUGUUGGAUUGCCACGUGGAUGUGUUGGAACCGAGUGCAACUUCGCAUUCAGCUCAAUCUCUAAUGGAACUCAUACGGAAAUCGAGAUUUUCGGAAACAGCGUAAUAGACAAGACGUGGCUUGCAAUUGGUUACUCGGCUGAUAAAAAGAUGGAAGAUGAUUUCGUUGUUUUCUGUAUUCGUGAUGACGCGGGAACAAACAUGAAUAAACUCGAUCAAAUGGCUGGACUUGCUUACAAUGGAAAACAUUCCAAUGAAAUGACUGGAACUAUCGAAAAUAUUAAGAAGAAUAAGAAUGACAAGUUUGGUCUCGAUUUGGAAAUGAAGGAAUAUGAGAAGGAUGAGCAAACUUUGUACUGCAAGAUGGCACAUCGUGUCGAGCCAAUCAUCGAUCGAUUCAACGUGAGCAAAGUUGAAAUUUUGAUGGCCAAAGGAACUUGGAUGAAGGGAGGUUUGAGCUAUCAUGGAAAUACUCGCAACAAUACAGGAAUCAUCGACUUGUCUGGGGAGAGCAAGCACAAGAGAAAGAACUCUGCCGUUGGAUCCCUGGCUCUCGUCUCCUCAGCCAUUACAUUCUUGGCUGCCAAGAUGCUUUUCUAAAUAUUGAUGAUGGUGUUAACUUUUGAACCAAAUAAAUUUUGAUUUCGAUUUUC